AUGUUUUGUUUAUCUAAUUCGUUAAAUAAUUUGCGAUACUACCGACGACUUUAUCACUUCUGGUGUGUCGGUCCGUCCUCCAGUCCGACCGUACUUCCUUCCUUUCUUUCUUUCUUUCUUUCUUUCUUUCUUUCUUUCUUUCCAAGAUUCAGUAUUCUUUCUUUCAAGCAAGCGCUCACAUCUAAUUCUGCGGACCUCGUCUCUUCUAUCCCGUCCCAUUACACCCUCCCUAUCUAUCUAUCUAUCUAUCUAUCUAUCUAUGUUUAUAGCAAUCCAUUUCAGUUCUGUUCAUAUCUAUAUAUACAUCUGGAUCUAUGCAUGGAUCUAUCUAUCUAUCUAUCUCAGCUCAUAAUUACAACUUUAAGACAAACUGGUUUAUUUUUUAAAAUUGGAUCUAUCUAUCUAUCUAUCUAUCUAUCUAUCUAUCUAUCUAUCUAUCUAUCUAUCUAUCAUACUGUCCGUAUAGUAAUCGUAUCAAUUAUGUUCAUAACUGUACACUAA